GAAAUGACGAAAGUUAAGCGUGAUGAAGGCCAAUGAACAGAAUCAGAAAGAGGGAUUGGUGCGUCAUGGUUCACCAUCCGCCUCUGGCCAUGCAGUUCCUCAUCCUUGCCUCCAUCUGACACCAGAGAGGCGCACCUGUCACCCCUCAGAGGCGCUCCAGCUUCCCUCACCACCUGAGUGAGGGAAAGAGUGAUGCUUUGGAAGACCCAGAGGAGGCUGCCCGCCUCCAGGAGUUACAGGCUGCAGCAGCGCAGUGGCAAAAGGUGCAGCAAGAAAGAGUCGGCUUACAAUACCAGGCUCUCAUGCAACAACACGAAAAGCUUCAGCAGAUCCUGGAAAAAUAUCAACAGCUGAUUCAGCAACCUGCAAAUCUAGCGUCAAUGUCUGCUGAAAUGCAGCUCAGGCACUAUGAAAUGCAACGGCAGCAGUUCACCCCCUUAUUCCAAGAGUGGGAUCGCUCCUUUGUCCUGUGGUAUGAACAGUUUAAGACCUAUCCCCACAAAGAUCAACUGCAGGACUAUGAACGCCAAUGGAAGCAGUGGCAGGAGCAGAUGAACGCCACCAAUGCGCACCUUCAAGAAAGGGUGGCCACACUCACUGCCAUGGUGCCAUUCGCUUCAAACCAGUAUGGUAGUGGGAUGAUGGGACAGUUUGGCCAUUACCCUGGACAAGACAUUCACAUGCAGCAGCACACAGCAAUACCAGGUUUGCAGCAUUCCCCAGCUGGUGUUGGUCCAAACUCUCAAGGUCCACCUCCCACUGGCUUUGGACCACAUUCAGAGUCACCUGCUGGACCCCCUGUGAGAGGCUCCGGCCCUGCUGGCUUAGGAGUCAGACCCCCAGGUCCCCCUGCUAUUCAGCCAACAAGCAACAGUGUCAGCGGUCCACGUCCUGCUGUUCCCACUGGAAACAACCCUAGAUAUGACCAGCCACAGCAAGGGUUUGAUGGUCCUCCAAGAUUUGACCAGCCAAAUCGCUUUGAUGGUCCUCCAAGGUUCGAACAAACGCAGCACCGCUUUGAUGGACCCCCAAGGUUCAACCAACCACAGCAGCGCUUUGAUGGCCCCCCAAGGUUCAACCCACAACAGCAGCGGUUUGAUGGCCCCCCAAGGUUCAACCAACAACAGCAGCGAUUUGAUGGCCCCCCUCGAUUUGACCAACAAAGGCACCGCUUUGAUGGUCCACCAAGAUUUGACCAACCAGGGCAACGCUUUGAUGGCCCCCCCAGAUUUGGGCCGCCGUCUAGGUUUGACCAGCCCCAAAGGCCUCCUGGCCCCGCGCCUUUUGAACGCCCACCUGGGCCCCAGCAGCAACAGCAAGUAGUCCAACCUAAGGCACAACCUGCCACUACAGACUUGAAGACUCCUGGAAAGACAGCCGGGCAGCUACAGUCUGAAAAAGAAAAAGGUAAAUCAAAACCUGGUGAUAAGGCCAAUUCUGAUGACUUGACAGAUGACAACUUACUUGGAACUGAGGGCUUUUUUGUCCAGAAGGACCCCAUUCCUCAGACAUUAAAUACCAGCACAAAGCCUGAGGAAUCAGAGGACAAUCAUGCUUCUAACAAAAGUGAGAAACCCAAACCUGGUAACAACAAACCUUCUGUAACUGCUCCCUCUUCUGUAACUGCUCCCUCUUCUGUCGCAUCAAAAAAUCCUGCUGCACAAAGUUUGCUCAAACCUGAUGGGCCAUUGACAAAAAACAAAACCCCACAGGUUCCAAAGCCCUCAGGAAUCCAACAGGAGACUGGCCAGAUGCAGUCAAGACCAGAUCAACCAAGGCAUCCUCCUGGAAGGGGACGAGGCCAGCCACCGGGACCUGUGCAAGGUCGAGGGCGUGGGCAAAUGGGGCAUGGAGAUUUCAGGGGACCUAACUCUAUACCACUUGGAGGGGAGAUUGAGGAAAUGCCGUAUGACUACAUGCCACCUGAAGAAAACUUGGGGAUGCCAGAAGAACAGGAGGAGUAUCAUUGGCAAGAUCCUUCAUAUGAGGAGUGUGGUGAUGAGGAAUCAGAGGAGCCCCCUGAAGAAAUGUGGAUGCAAGAUGGAUAUCACUACGCAGCAGAGGAAGAGUAUUAUGAAGAGCCAUUUUGUGGACCCUCUAUGGGGAGAGGAGGCCCCCCGAUGAUGAGAGGAGGGCCCCAUAUGGGAAGAGGAGGACCACCUUUUGGGAGAGGUGGUCCUCCUAUGGGGAGGGGAGGUCCAUCUAUGGGUAGAGGGGGGCCGCCAAUGGGGAGAGGAGGGCCACCAAUGGGGAGAGGAGGUCCAGCUAUGGGUAGAGGGGGACCGCCUUUUGGUAGAGGGGGACUGCCUUUUGGUAGAGGGGGACCGCCUUUUGGUAGAGGAGGUCCAAAUAUGGGUAGAGGAGGACCCCCAAUGGGUAGAGGAGGACCCCCGAUGGGUAGAGGAGGACCCCCAAUGGGUAGAGGUGGACCCCAUAUGGGAAGAGGAGGGCCACCCAUGGGAAGAGGAGGACCACCCAUGGGAAGAGGAGGACCAAUGGACAUGUACUGGGAAGACCCUGAGUCGGCAGAGUACCCGGAGGAAGGCGAUCCUUACUGGGACGAAAGGAGACCUCCUAUGAGAGGCAUGAGACCCCCAUUUCCACCUGGCCGGGGCCGUCCUCCACCUGGUCAUCCUGGUUUCAUGCACCAAGGACGAGGGCGCCCCCCUCAUCCAGCGCAUGGCCCAAUGGAUCAUGAGGCAUUAGGCCAAGGAAUAAACAUGGAUGAUACCGAAAUGGAUCCCACAAUGCACCCCGGACAUGAGCCUCAUAGCCACCCGAUGCAUCCUGAUGCAGGAAGAGAAAGGCAUGGCGUGCCACCCCCACCUCACAAAGUGAUUGAUUCUAUAGAGGACCCAAUGUACAGUGAAGGCAUGGAGAGAGAUUUAGACUGGCAACCGCCUCAUGGCAGAGAACCUCCUCAUGGCAGAGAACCGCAUCAUGGCAGAGAACCUCCUCAUGGCAGAGAACCGCCUCAUGGCAGAGAACCUCCUCUGCCUCCACAUGAGAUCAUUGAUCCUGAAGGAAUGAGGCGGAGACCUAUGGGUAGAGGGAUGGCCCGAGGCAUGUCUCAGCCAGGUCCAACACAUGAGGAAUAUGAAGAUAGACAUAAAGAGGGUUUCGUGGAGGAUUAUGGUCAUGGAGAACACGGUCGCUGGAGGCCACCACAGGACCAUCCUCCUGGUGACUAUCGGCAUGAGGCCAAGUAUGGCUAUGAGUCUGAAUGGGACAGAGAGCGUGCACCUCCUGAGAGGGAUUAUCCCCCCCGCAUGCCACGCCCAGAGCCCUACAGAGAAGAAAGAGAAAGAGCUCACCCACAUUCUUAUGAUGAGCAUGACAGGGGAAGAGGAGAACUCAGAAUUCGGGAGUAUAGAGAUGAGCCAGCAUAUCGCCAGGAUGACCAGCCAUACCCGCCAUCAGCUCCACCUUCAGAAUGGGACAGGCCUUCAAGACUUUCUCCAUCACCAGUGAGAGGGUAUCCUGCUGAGUAUGAGAAUCGCAGGCCUCGCUAUGAAGAUCCCAGAGAAGAGACUCUCUUACCUGCUGCUGCUGCACCCGUCACAAACUUGCCAGAACAUGACCCAGAAUCACAAGGAUCGAGUGGAUCAAAUGUACUUGCACUCUCCCAACGUCAACAUGAGAUCAUCUUGAAAGCUGCCCAAGAGCUUAAACUUAUAAGGGAAUUGCAUGAAGGGAAGACACCUGCUACUGCACCCCAGUCUGCAUCGGCCGACAUCCCAGCCGAGCUUCCUGCUGGUCUUCUUGGUUUGGAGAUCCCAGCAGACAUCAGGAAUGUUCUGAAGGGCAUGAGUGCAGCAGCACUGACGGCUUCAACCGAACCUGGGUCUUGGGAUAAUAAACCUGCUGCCACACGUUACCAGACAUCUCUCUCUGCGGCCACACCUUCAGUGAUUCCAAAGACUGUGGAUUACGGGCAUGGCCACGAGCCUGGAGCCACUGUUGAGCGGAUCUCUUAUGGUGAGAGGAUUGUGUUGAGGCCUGACCCAGUUCUAUCAGACCGGGGCUAUGAAAAAGAACCCCUUGGUCCCAGGGAUCCUUACGGCAGAGAUCCAUAUUAUGAAAGAAGAUCAGACCCUUACAUGGAGCGCCGGGAGUACAGCAGAGAGAGGGAGUUAUACAGAGAGAAGCCCCCACCUGAAUAUGAAAGAGAACGAUAUGAGAGGGAGCGCUAUCCACCACGAGAGAGAGAUGACAGGUAA